AUGCUAUGUGAGGUCAAGGUAGUAAAUUGUAAUGAGACUAUUGUGGAAGGGAAAGGAUACCACAAACUAGUGAUUGGCAAUGUGUAUUUUUUGUUGCAAUCACUGAAUACUUAUUUUCUGCCUACUAAAAGUGUUGUCGCAGGAUCUUUUUCUAAAUUUUUCAUUAUUGUAUUUACUAUGUGUCGAGUGUGUGUGUCAAAUCAGUUGAAACCGGGUUUGCGAUUAAAUUAUUAG